UGAAGCAUGAUGAUGGAAAAACCGUGAAAUUACGAAGCGCGUUUCUUGAACAAAAAAAACGAUGUAAAACCUGCGUUUUUCCUAUUAAAAUCGCGUUAGUCCAGCUCAAAUUGAAGAGAGGAAGCCAUGUACAAUAAUAUUGGUCUUACGACUCCUCGUGGUUCGGGUACAAACGGCUACGUUACUCGAAAUUUAUCUUUCGUUGCAAACCAAAAGGAACGGGUCAGCUACAAGCCUGCCGUCGAUAUGGCGAAGUUUGAGCAGACGAUGACAAAGAAACCGAAUAAGGAAAUACUCGAGCAUGAAAGAAAGAGGCAGAUUGAAGUGGAAUGCACAAAACUACAAGAUACGCUGGAAGAACAAGGAUUCUCUCAAACUGAAAUUGAUGAUGAAGUAGCAAAGCUUAGAGAAAAAUUGAUGGAAGAAGGUGGAUUCAAUGAUGAAAAAGAUAGUGACAGAAGACCUGUUUUCACAGAGACCCACCAAAUUGCUCAAGCAAAUGAAGAAAAAAAUGCCAAAUUUAAAGAAGCAUUUGGUAUCAAAGAUGACUACAAAGGAGGCACAGCUUUCAAUCAAGAACUGCAAGCACUUGAACGAAUGAAGGAAAGAGAAGCAAAAGAGAAAGAGAAAGAAGCAAGGAAGUAUGAAUCAAGCAAAUCUAAGAAGUCAAAGAAAAGAAAGGCUGAUAAAAAUGCCUCCGACUACAGCUCAAGCAGUGGUUCUGAAAGUGAUCGAGACAAGAAGAAAAAGAAGAGAGCAAAGGAAAAACGAGCCAGAAGAGAUCGAUCUGAGAGUUCUGAGUCAGAUAGGCAAGAAUCUGUUGAACGCAGUAGGAAAAGCGAGAAGUCUCCAAGAAGUAAAAACAAGCAACGCUCUCCUUCACCUGAUCAAACAAGACCAAAAGGUAGUUAUGAGGAGGAAAGAGAUCGCGAUAAUGAGAAAGAAAGAAGCUACAGCAGAGAUGGUGAAGAUCGAAGGCUACCAGCAGAAGAGAAGGACCCUAAAGACAAAGCGAAGAAAAAACACAAAAAGAAAAAGAAGGACGAUGAUUCUGAGCCUAAAUCUGGUGGACAAGAUGCAGGGUCAGGAAAGAAGCUGAAACCCGCAGAUCAAAUAUAUCAAGCAGCUUUUGCAGAUUAUCAACGAAAACAGAGAAUGUUACAAAAACAACGAUCACCGAGCAGGUCAUCCUCUGAUUCAAGUGAGGAAGAUCAGCAAAGUCCAGCUGACGAGAAACGCCGUGCCUCGCGAUCUGCCAGCCCCCCUCGAGAACAAACUCGUGUUUCGAGGUCUCCACCAAGAAGAUCUCCUCCCCAGCGUAAAGACGACACUCCCCCUCGUUUUAGUCGCCGAUCAGACGGCGUUGAUAGAAAACGUCGGUCUAGUCCUCCACCAUCUCGCAGCCCCCCAAGGAAAGGUCGUGUCAGCCCAAGUCGGUCCCGUUCCAGGAGUCCUAUCCAGCAAAAACGUCGAUCCAAACGUUCCCCCAGUCCUCAGCGAAGCAGAAAUAGGUCGAGCCCAGGCCGACAGACCCGAUCCCCGCCUCAGAGAAAACGCGAGCCUAGCCCAAGGCGGUCACGUUCUGAUAGUCAUCCAGGUCAAAGGGUCCGUUCGAAUGCGCGUCGGUCGCGUUCUGAAAGCCCUCGAAAAGAUCCUAGUCCGUCCCGCUCCGUCAGUCCCGUUCAUCGGGGUCGGGCGUCCAAGCAUAGUCCGUCGCCGGUCACUGAAAGAGGCCGACGUUCCACGAGUCCACCACGGAGGAAAAGCCGAGAAGAUGUACGUACCGCGGCGCAAAGGCGUCGUUCCAGCCCUAGCAAGUCUCGCUCGCCUAGUCCUGCUCGAAGAAAGGCUCGUGCCAGUCCAAGCCGAUCUCGUUCAGGCAGUCCAAAGAGGCGUCCGAGUUCAGGCCGGUCCGCCAGCCCACGGCAAACGAAGCGCCGGUCCAGCCCCCGUCGGCCUAGCCCACCUCGGAGACGACGUGAACCAUCUCGGUCAGCUAGCCCUGUGCGCAGGAGAGGUCGCUCUAGUCCCCGCCCCAGUCCACCUCGCCGUCGUGCGAGACCCGGAUCGCGCCAAUCGCGAAGCCCUCCGAGAAGACGUCCGUGUAGCCCCCGAGCCAGUCCUCCUCCACGAAGAAGGCAAGAAAGUAGAUCCCCGUCGAUUAGUCCGGAUCGUCGGUCGAGGGAACGUAGAGUUAUGAGAAGUGGAGAUCGAAGAAAUGGUAGGCCUAUUGAGGGUAGAUCACGUUCCGUGAGUCCACCAAGUCAGUCCAGAGAACGUAGUAGACCUACGGUCAGUGGGGACCGCGGGAAGGGCCGUCCUAGAAGUGGAAGCCGCUCUGUUAGUCCUCCGAAGGGUCGAGCCAUCCGUCGGCCAAGCAGAAGCAAGUCUCGAUCUGUUAGUCCAGCACCUCAGUCAAAAGAGAGGCGACCUAUGGCCAGUGCAGAUCGAAGGAGAGGCCGUCGUAGAAGUGGAAGCCGCUCUGUUAGUCCAGCACCUUUGUCAAAAGAGAGGCGACCCAUGGCCAAAGCGGACCGCAGAAGCCGUCAGCACAGCGAAAGUAGGUCCCGUUCGGCCAGUCCAGUUCAAAUAAGAGAUCGUUCCCCGAGUCCGGCUCAACGAGCAAGGAAAUACCGGUCACGUUCCGUUAGUCCUGCCAGAAGAAAGGAAAGAUCGUCUCCAGGUAGAUCUAGAUCUGGAAGUCCCAGACAAGAGCCCGUCCAUGAAGUGAGGCCACCAUCUUUAGCUAAAUCUGACGAGAGAUAUAGUCCAUCCGACCUCGUAACAACACCAAUGCGAGAGGCUGAACUUGCCGAAGCAGCCGGGCAAUCUGAAGAGAAGCAUGAAGAGAGCUCUGUUACAUCAAAAUGGAAACCAUUAGCAGCAAUUCCACCACCGCCAACACCACCCAAAGCUAAGCCGUACACCUCUAAAGGCCCACACACUCCCCCAGGCUCACCUCGGAGGAGAGGACCGCACACUCCAUCGGAAUCCCCGCUUUCAAAAAAGAAGGGUCCCCAUACCCCUUCAGGCUCACCAGCAUCGCAGAAACGGAAUCGUCGAAGCACUAGCCCUCGGCACAAAACCCGAAGGUCGCCUCCAGCUGGGUCAACAAGUCCAGACAGAAGACCCCGCGGUACGAGAAAGGGUCCCCAUACCCCUUCAGAUUCCCCACAUCCCAAAAAGUCUGCAUCUAAGAAGAAAAGAUCCUCGAAUCCGAUUCCUAGCCCCUCGCCCCCAAGAAGAGAACAACCUCGCAGUCCAUCGCGUUCACCCACACCCCAAGAGCAGCCUCCAAGCCCAUCGACCUCUCCAUCAACAAGCCCAGAAAAAGAACAACCCCGAAGCCCCACACCGAGUCCACCAAGGAAACAACGGGCUCGGUCGCCCCCGCCUAAACGUCGGUCUAGCCCACCGCCUGCUAGUCCGCCCAGGCGACGUCGUAGCCCUUCCCCCAGUCCUCCGAGGAGGGCUUCACCAUCCCGUUCUCGAAGUCCCCCCAAACGAGGUCGGCGCUCACCUAGCCCGAAAAGGAGAGCUCGUCCUCAGAGCGCUGUAAAUAGACGACGCCAGAGUCCGCGAAGGUCGUCGCAAGGCUUUGGUCUGAGCCAGUCACCGCCUCGUGGCAAGUCCCCUAGACGAUCCCAAAUGGCCACUGACGAUCUUCAUUCACCCAAACAAUCCCGCGCGAACAAGCUUGGACGCAGUCCAGCCGAACACCAAAGAUCUUUGGAACAGAAAUCUUCAAAAAUGAAAGUCAAAAAGAAACCAAGUUCCACGCGAUCCUCUUCGUCUUCGUCCUCCGAGGAUAGCUCGAGUAGUUCCGACUCAAGCUCUGAUUCGAGCUCCGACUCCGAUAGUGACGAAUCGACGGAUAAGCGUCCGCCAGCGAAGAAACCGAAGAUGAAAACUUCGGAUGGAAAAGGUUCUCGUGGACAAAAGGAGAAAAGACCUGAAAUGAAACGUGUGAAUGAGGAAGGAAAAGGGAAUAGGGGCGAUUUGAAAGCAAAGAAGAGGGGUGAAAAGGAAUUGAAAAUAUCAAGAAAGGAAGUGAAAGAAAACGACAAGAAGAAGAAGAAAGAGAUAGUAACGAAAUCUAAGAGCAAGAAAACCGAGAGCUCCAAACGCGAAAAGAAACUCGCACUAUCAAAAGACAAUUCUCGGAAACGUAAAUCGAGAAAGAGUGAAAGCGAAUCCAGCAGCGAAGACAGCUCGAGUUCAUCCAGUUCAGAUGAAGAGAGCAGUUCAAGCAGCAGCAGUGAUUCGGUCGAAUGAUCUUCGCUGCAGCGUCGACGAAUCUUCGCUCAACGCCGGACAGCAAUUGUAUAGGAGACAUUCAUUGAAAAUAUCGGUUACAAAUGUGGCAUCGAAUUAUUUGGAUAAUCUGCAUAAGGUUAACUGAAGUGAUGUUUCAGGCUCCAAAGGUAGAAUAAAAAAACCUAGAGCCUGUGGAACGCAGUUUCUUACUGCAGAUAUAUAUUGAGUUCUAUAUAUGAUUACUAUCAAUCAGUUCUAUAUAUGAUUACCACCUCUCGAACGUUUUCUGUCGAUUUUUCAACAUGUCACUUCAGUUCUACCUAUAGAUCUUCGGUCAGUAGCGACGACGCAAAUUUCGAUUCCGUAGACAGUCGAACUCAUCAUUGAUGGUCGUUCUCAUCAUUUAACUCGAUCUCGGGUUGCUAGAACACCCGCCCGCACUCUUAUUAACGACAAAUAUACACAGAAAAUAAACCAAACCCUCAAAUAACCCAAAUAACUAACCAAAAGGUAUUUUCACUCGUUCAAUUCGGGAUUUUGCAAAUACGAAAAAAGAAAAAACAAAGUGGUUAGAGGCAGUAUUCGAACACAGAUCACGCACAAGAACAAACCCCUUGACCACUGGACAGCAAUGCAUCGAUAAAAAGCCCACUAGUUUAACAUUAUAUAUGUUGGUCAUUUAAAUCGGCAGCCUAGUCCCAGGCCUCAUUGUAUGAGAGGCCUAGGGACUAGGCUGUUAAAUCGGCAGUGUUCUAGCAACCUGGGAUCGAGUUAAAUGAUGAGAACGACCAUCAAUGAUGAGUUCGACUGACUACGGAAUCGAAAUUAGCAGCGACGACCAGCCCUGUCUAAUGAAUAUAGCAGCCAUUAUUUUCUAACCAGCUUAGAUAUUGUAAUGCACGGUCCUCCUGAACACUUAUAACUGCAAAGUAUAUUUACUUUAUUGAGAAAAUUUCUUUUUUCGCUUAUUCGUUGUGUUCGUUUAGUGUUAUCGUUAGUUUUAGUGUAAAAAAUACUUGAAUAUCAUGUCUUUCCACUGA